CCGUCCCUUGUUCCGUUCCAGCAGUUGCACUUGUUGUAAACUAAAUGCACUCACACAUUCAUUCAAUAACUUGAAUCAUUCAAUACUCUAACCCUCACAUCACACUCAAUCAAUCACAAUCAUAAUCAUAAUCAUAAUCACAUUCAAUCAAUAACCUCUCUCCUUUCCCAUUUUCUCCACUCUUCGAUUUCGCCUCUCUGCAAAUCACACAGGUGAACAAAUGUGGAAGCUCAAGAUUGCAGAGGGAGGGAAUCCAUGGCUCCGAUCAACCAACAGUCACGUCGGAAGACAGGUCUGGGAGUUCGAUCCUAAGCUUGGAUCGCCUCAGGAUCUCGCCGAGAUUGAAACCGCUCGCAACAAUUUCCACGAUAAUCGCUUCUCGCACAAACACAGCUCUGAUCUACUCAUGCGCAUUCAGUUUUCGAAAGAGAAUCCGAUAGGCGAAGUCUUACCGAAAGUCAAGGUUAAAGAUGUUGAGGAUGUGACUGAAGAGGCUGUGGUAACAACGUUAAGACGAGCGAUAAGUUUCCAUUCGACUCUCCAGAGUCAUGAUGGACACUGGCCAGGGGAUUAUGGAGGUCCAAUGUUUCUUAUGCCUGGCUUGGUUAUCACACUGUCUAUUACUGGGGCGCUGAAUGCAGUCUUAACUGAUGAACAUAGAAAGGAAAUGUGUCGCUACCUAUAUAACCAUCAGAACAAGGAUGGUGGGUGGGGUUUGCAUAUUGAAGGUCCAAGCACUAUGUUUGGCUCUGUCUUGAAUUAUGUUACUCUCAGAUUGCUGGGUGAGGGGCCUAAUGAUGGACAAGGGGACAUGGAGAAGGCUCGUGACUGGAUUCUAGGGCAUGGUGGUGCUACUUAUAUAACAUCGUGGGGGAAGAUGUGGCUUUCAGUACUUGGAGUGUUUGAAUGGUCUGGAAAUAAUCCCCUGCCUCCUGAGAUAUGGCUCCUUCCGUAUGCGCUUCCAUUUCAUCCAGGAAGAAUGUGGUGUCACUGCCGGAUGGUUUAUUUGCCAAUGUCCUACUUAUAUGGUAAGAGGUUUGUGGGUCCAAUCACACCAACAAUAUUAUCUUUGAGAAAAGAGCUUUUUACCAUACCAUAUCAUGAUAUAGAUUGGAACCAGGCUCGCAAUUUGUGCGCAAAGGAAGACUUGUACUAUCCUCACCCGCUCGUGCAAGAUAUUCUUUGGGCAUCUCUGCACAAGGUCGUUGAGCCUGUUUUGAUGCAGUGGCCUGGCAAAAAGUUGAGAGAAAAGGCUAUUAAUUCUGUAAUGGAGCAUAUACAUUAUGAAGAUGAGAAUACUCGUUAUAUUUGUAUAGGUCCUGUAAAUAAGGUAUUAAAUAUGCUUUGCUGUUGGGUGGAAGAUCCAAAUUCAGAGGCAUUCAAAUUGCAUCUUCCAAGGAUCUAUGAUUAUCUAUGGAUUGCUGAAGAUGGCAUGAAAAUGCAGGGCUACAAUGGAAGUCAACUAUGGGAUACUGCAUUUGCUGCCCAAGCAAUUAUUUCAACUAACCUUAUUGAAGAAUAUGGUCCAACCCUAAGAAAAGCUCAUACAUUCAUUAAGAAUUCGCAGGUUUUAGAAGAUUGUCCCGGUGAUCUUAAUAAAUGGUAUCGUCACAUUUCAAAAGGUGCUUGGCCUUUUUCCACCGCAGAUCAUGGAUGGCCAAUUUCUGACUGCACAGCUGAAGGACUGAAAGCUAUUCUAUCUCUAUCUAAAAUUGCACCAGAUAUUGUUGGUGAGCCAUUGGAUGCAAAGCGGUUAUAUGAUGCUGUAAAUGUCAUUCUCUCGUUACAGAAUGAAGAUGGUGGCUUAGCGACAUAUGAGCUCACACGAUCUUAUAGCUGGUUGGAGCUAAUCAAUCCUGCUGAAACUUUUGGUGACAUCGUUAUUGAUUAUCCUUAUGUGGAAUGUACCUCAGCAGCAAUUCAAGCUUUAACAUCAUUUAGGAAAUUAUAUCCUGGGCAUCGCCGAGAAGAAAUACAACACAGUAUUGAAAAAGCUGCUGCCUUUAUCGAAAAAAUACAAUCUUCAGAUGGUUCAUGGUAUGGUUCUUGGGGUGUUUGCUUCACUUAUGGCACUUGGUUUGGGGUAAAAGGGUUGAUCGCUGCAGGAAAGAGUUUCAGUAAUUGCUCAAGCAUCCGUAAAGCUUGUGAAUUUCUGCUGUCUAAGCAGCUUCCAUCUGGUGGCUGGGGAGAGAGUUAUCUGUCGUGUCAAAACAAGGUGUAUUCAAAUCUGGAAGGCAACAGGCCUCAUGCAGUAAACACUGGAUGGGCUAUGCUGGCUCUCAUUGAGGCUGAACAGGCAAAGAGAGAUCCAACGCCACUGCACCGUGCAGCUUUAUACUUGAUAAAUUCCCAAAUGGAGAAUGGUGACUUUCCACAACAGGAAAUAAUGGGAGUCUUCAACAAGAAUUGCAUGAUCACAUAUGCUGCAUACAGGAGCAUAUUCCCCAUAUGGGCGUUAGGAGAAUACCGAUGUCGUGUAUUGCAGGCCCGUUAAUCUUGCUUUAGUUAGGUUGCUGUCAGAAUUAUUUCGAGCUUCUAUCUUUUCCCAUGCUCCUUUUCUUUAAGAAGUUUAUGACUAGUAAGUUUGGUUGUUAGCUAAACAGAAAGCAAACACGCUGGGAGAAUGCCUAAAAGUUUUUUCCAUUACUGAUUAACGCCUUUCUUGCUUCCCCUGCAGCAGAGGAACUACGUAUAUGUAGAUAAUCAUUUGUAUUGUGUCGCCUUUCUUUUAGUACAAGGAGCACAAUAAUUUGUUUUGAGACAUUGAUUCAA